AUGCAGCAACUCGGUUCAUACCAAGCAGUCGAUGGUGUCGCCAGAGAUACAAGCAAGGACAGGUUGCUUUUACGAAGAUGCAGGGACAAGCUUACAGCACAUAUUGAGAGGAGGACCGGUAUCAAAUUAGAACCUGGCGAUGUACGCUUGGUGAUGAAGCAGAGCGAUGCCUACACUUGGACCUAUACGAAAGAAGUAGCACAUCUGUUUUCCAGGGAACUUGAAGACCACGAACCUGAAGCAUACCAGAAGCUUUGCAGAGAAGUCGGGAGAAGCUUUCACGCCAUCACAUUCAGCAAAGGUGAUUUCGCUGGUGGCCACCUGCGUUCGGGGAAGCCCACCGCCAUACGGCAUACCAACAUUCGAUGCGGAUUUUCUAUGAUGGAGACGAGUGCAGCCUACGACGCAAUCACUCGAAUGCAGCUGCAGGAAAACAUCUGGACUCUGGAACAAGAAAACGAACGUCUCAUGCAAGAAACCCAAAAGCAGCGAGAGGACGCCACAUAUCACAGAGAUUUCUUCUACAAGCUAUUGGAAGCUAUAGAUCAGCUGAACGCGACGGUCUCCGACAUUCGCCAGGACUACAUUAGAACAGUCAAUAUCAGCAUGUUUCCGAAAGAUCAAGCUCAACUGUUCUAG